AUGCCUCUUAAAACUAAUAAAGUUGCGCCGCCUGGUGCGUUAUCAACUGGUUUUGCUUUUCCUUCACCAAAUUCGCAAGUUGAAGAAGGAUUCAGACAUAGAUCAAAUGGAUCACCUACAUAUGAUACUCAAAAGCAGACGUUAGGAAAUGCUGAUAUCUCAGAGAAGUAUCCACCAAAUCCACCACAAUCACCAACCAACAUUCAACCAUAUGUUGGUUUAAGUGGUAGAUUAUCUCUCGCUUGGAUCACAUUCCCGAUAAUAGCAUUACUUUUUAUAAUCUUUCGUCUCAUUAUAGUAAUGGGUUCCAUACAACCUCUAGUUGAUGAGGUCAAAGAAAAGGCGCUUAGUUCAUGUAAUUCCCUUGAACUUGCAACUUCAACUCUAGUAUCAUUACCACAUUUCACGGCUGAUGGAUUUAACCGUGCAACAGUUGAUAGCAUCAAUUUGUCAAUUAAAGGGAUUUCAAAAACACUGGAUUUUGGAAUUCUUGCUCUCGAAGGUAUUAUUGUUUGGAUAAUUCAUGUAUAUAGAAGUACUCUUAAGUGUCUAUUGGAAUUAGUUAUAAGUGGUUCGGUAAGCUCAGUGGCCGAAGCCGUAAAAGUUUUACAAACAUUUUCUACUACACAACUUACAAAUAUAAAAUCUGGAAUCGAUAAUGAUAUUUCUUCUGCAAAUGCUGCUCUUAACCCAAUCCGAACUGCUAUUUCUACCGCUGGAGCUCUUCUUGGAGGAAUUAACGUUCCUAACAUUACAAUUCCAUCAGCAGAUGCAUUAAAUUCUUUCGUACUUCCGUCAUCAAAUAAUGUAGCAGGACUUGAUGCAUUGAGUCAAAAUUUAACCAUUACGGAUAUUGAAACAACAUUAGAUAAUAUCGUGACCAUUCCUUUUGAACAAUUAAGAACUUUGAUUCAAUCAACAAUGUCAAAUUUGACUUUCAAUCAAUCAUUAUUACCAGUUCCACCGUCAAAUAAUUUAAACUUUUGUGCUAAUAGUUUGGACCUUAGUAUUCUUGACCAAGUAUCACAUGACCUUAUCAAAGCUGCGACAAUUGGAAUAGCCAUAAUCUUUUUAAUUGGUCUUAUAAUGAUUUUGUUUAAUGCAUUUUAUAUAUGGUUUUCUUACAAGCGCUUUAUGUUAAAUGUUAGUCGUACUGCUACCACAGCUCAAUUAAUAACUGUAAAUUCAAGUCAAGAAUCAAUAUUAGAUAUUAUAAAAAUCGCCGAACAUCCAUUAUUAUCACGGUGGAUCAUCAAAACAUCAAGAUUUUUUAAGAGAACUGAAAAUCAAAAUCUGUAUCGAUGGUAUUGGGAUUACAUAUUAUACAAACCAGCACUCAUAUGUUUGACAAUUGGAAUCGCUGGAGUGUUGGGAAUAUAUAUACAAAUAGCUAUAUUGAAUAUAGUUCGACAAAAUUAUCAUACACCUAUUCAACAGGCGAUAAGUGCAUUUGGUAAUAAUGUAUUGAAUUUAAUUAACUCACGAUUGAAUAAUACAUCACAACAAUAUGCAAAUGGAACCAAUUUUGUAAUAUCAACCUUGGAAAAUGGGAUUAAUCAAAAUCUACUGGAAUGGGUGAACACCACGACCACAACGUUGAACAACACUCUUAAUACAGCAAUUGAUGAUAUUUCUACACUUAUACAAAAUACAUUCCAAAGUGUACCUGCAUUAAUAACACCAGUUCAGCAAGUUUUGAAUUGUUUGCUUUUUGCGAAAAUAGAAGGAAUUCAAGCGGGACUAACUUUUAUCCAAGAUCAUGCGGUUAUUGAAUUACCCCGAGUGAAUGAAAAUAUUCUGAUGGUUAAUCCUUCAAGAAUGCAAGAAGUAGUAAAUGAGGCUACUGAUAAACUUGUUGGACCACAAAAUGAUACCACAAAUGGAGGUGAAAUUGGUAGAAUUUUUGAUGAUUAUGAAAAUAAACUACGCUCCGAACUUAUUUUGUUUAUAAUAUUAAUCGGAGCAUAUUUAAUAGUAGUUCUUAUGGGAGCGAUUUAUGUGUUGUGGUUCAUUUAUAAACGUAGGCGAGGAAAUAAUGAAGAAGAAUCCAUAGAAUUUCGUGAAAUUACUAAAAAAGUUACUCAAGAUUUGAAUAAUAAUAAUACUUAUCCGUCAAGUGAUAUGACAAGUGAUAUAACUAGUGAUAUAACAAGUGAGAAGCAAUCAACCAGUGAAUAUGAAGAUUAUCAAGAGGGACACAGGAGAAAAAAGAGAAAAGAAAAGAAAGAGAAAAAAUACAAGAAGAAACGCGGACGGCAUAAACUUAUU